UGCACACACAGGCUCGGCUCGGCUCGGCUCGGCUCCUUCCCCACAUAAUAACCAUAAAUUUUCUCCCUUAGGUUGCCUGCUGGUUGACCAGUUUCUUCACCAUCAUCUGUGGGGAAGAAGAAAGCCGCCGCAGCACCAGCAGCAGCCUCCUCUCUUUACUUACUCUUCCCCCAGCAGCAGUGAGUGAGCUUCGGCUUCUCCUGUCUCUACAAGCAGCCUCAACACAACCAACAAAACAAACAUGUCGACAGGGAGGAAAAUACCGCUCAGUGAAAACACGCUCUUUGGGAUGGGAAAUCCCUUGCUCGACAUUUCAGCUGUUGUGGACAAAGAUUUCCUUGACAAGUUUGGACUGAAGCCUAAUGACCAGAUCCUCGCUGAAGACAAACACAAAGCCUUGUUUGAUGAAAUUGUCAAGAGGAACAAAGUUGAAUACCAUGCCGGUGGCUCGACCCAAAACUCAGUGAAAAUUGCUCAGUGGAUGAUCCAGAAACCCCACAAGGUGGCCACCUUCUUCGGGUGCAUCGGUGCCGACAACUUUGGGGAGAUCCUGAAGAAGAAGGCCGAAGAAUGCCACGUCGACGCGCAUUACUAUGAGCAAAACGAGGAGCCGACCGGUACCUGUGCAGCUUGCAUCACCGGGGACAAUAGGUCCCUUGUUGCUAACCUGGCAGCGGCAAACUGCUACAAAAAGGAAAAACACCUGGACUUGGACAGCAACUGGGAGCUGGUGAAGAAAGCCAAGGUCUAUUAUAUUGCGGGUUUUUUCCUGACUGUGUCCCCGGAGUCGAUCCUGAAGGUGGCGAAGCAUGCUUCAGAUAACAACAAAAUCUUCUGCAUGAACCUCUCUGCACCUUUCAUCAGCCAGUUCUUCAAAGAGCCCUUGAUGAAGGUCAUGCCUUACGUCGACAUCUUGUUUGGCAACGAGACGGAGGCGGCCACAUUUGCCAAAGAGCUGGGCUUUGAGACAGAUGACAUUGCGGAGAUUGCAAAGAAAACCCAAAACCUCCCCAAGGACAACACAAAGAGGCAGCGAGUGGUGGUCUUCACCCAGGGCAAGGACGACACUGUUGCAACUGUUGGUGAGAAGGUGACCAUGUUCCCUGUUUUGGACAUCGACCAGAACGAUAUUGUGGACACUAACGGAGCGGGAGACGCCUUUGUGGGAGGAUUCCUCUCCGCAUUGGUUCAAGAGCACGCGUUGGAGGAGUGCAUCCGGGCCGGACACUACGCCGCCAACGUCAUCAUCAGACGGGUCGGAUGCACCUUCCCAGAGAAGCCAGACUUUCACUGAUGCAUCCAAGCACUGCAUAUUUGUCUUUUCAACAAGAUCCUUGUAUAUGUAUGCUUCAGGAUUUUCUGUACAUUCUUUUCUAUUUACAAUAACUGACUGCAUGGGACUAAGCGCUGCAGCUUGAAUGUUUUAUUCAAGCUUGAAUACGCAACUCAGAUGUUUUAUUACAAUUCAAACAAUGUACUAGAAUCAGAUAUUGGACAUAUGGUUAUAUUUAAAGAUGCAUUCUGCUGAAAAGCUGCAACUGAACACCUGUAGGCCUGAAAAGUGUCUAAAUGAAACUUCACCAUUGAUCUGUAUGUUUUGUAUGUUUUUCAAACCACAACAGAGCUAAACACCAGCUCGUCCCAGUAUCACCUGCUCAUUGCUUCAAAGCUAAGCAAAAUACUACUACUACUACUUCCAGAGGAGUGUAUUUAGUGAUUUAUUUGCGCAGCAACAAUAGUUUGGAUUAUAGCGAAGAAAUGGGUCAGUGGUGGAGAAGUGCAUUAUCCUGCAGGAUAGACACAGAAAAACCAGCUCUGGAAAGUUUAUUAUUUUGCUUCCUUAUGAAGGACGGCAGCUGCAGUCCGCUUCGAGUUACAAUCAAUUCUAAUGGUGACCCGGAGUCACGGCCAAAACAACUUAUUUAAACGUCCAAUAGAAACUUCUCAAACUAUUCCUGCUGCACAAUCCACUUUUAUUCUCUGUUGAUCCUCAUGCUGACUGUUUUCCAAACAAUUAUCGCUUUGCCAAUAAAUUGCUAAUUACACUACUUCCAUUGGAGCCUCUGAGCUAUGAGCUGGCAGUAAUGUGACACAGAAGUGGUGUAUUUAGUAGAGUAAACUAUGAGUGCCAUCCUUCACCAAGCAGCUACAAACUUUUUUUAGAAACGUUUUUUUUUUUUUUUUAAAGCCUGCAGAGGGGGGGGAUGAGUGUUGCGGUACUUAUAUACUAUCAUUUUCAGCUGAGUGUUCCUUUAAUAAGCGACAGAAUUUAUGGAUGGGUUGCCUUGAUUGGUGGCUUCAAAAGUGACGGUUGUAAUCAGACGAAACUGGAAUGUUUUUUUUGUUUUGUUUUGUUAUUACACGAAUAAAACGAUAUCAGACUCAUCCUAUACUUAAACAAAGUGAGUUCCAAGCAUCUUUAAAUACUCAAAAACAAAAUGCAAAA